AUGACAUCUCCCGUGGACCCUCACACCAAGUCCUAUUCCCACAACAACGGAGCAACCUCGGAGCUCCUUGACCGCCUUGCUGUGUCUGAACUCUGCAAGGGAUGGCCCGUGUACCGCGAUGCCUCGGAGUGGAAGAACUUCCGAUCGCUCUUUGCCGAGCAGGCCGACGUGUGGACUACCUGGAGUGGCGCUUUGCCCAUUGAUGACUUCAUCGAGAUCUCCAAGCGCGGCAAAGAGGCGGGCGCCUUCAUCAUGCACCGCGAAUGUGGCACUCUUGUCGAGCUGAACCAAGCCACUGAUCGCGCCGUCGGCAAGAUGAAGGCCACCAUCACGCAGCGGUUCACGCAGCAGCCCGACGCGACAACCGGUUCUGCCCACGAGCCGCGCGGAGGCCAACUCGAGUGGGACGUCGACUGCGACUGCGUCUUCAUUUUCUUCUGUCUGCGCGAAUCCAAGGACCGCCCCUGGAAGACAAGAUUUGUCAAGCUCUUCUACAUGAAGGACAAGAUAGUGUCUAUCGAUGGCACCCAUGCACCAGAGCUGACGGCCGAGGAAGUCACGGAAAUGGAGUCGUACCCGGAGGGCUACAAGUACCUGGGGCUGAUGCAGAAGCGCCUGGGAUACACAAUCCACUCGACCCUCCCGACGCCUCGCAAUGAAGGCUGGCACAACAUGUAUGCAGCCAUGGAGGAGUGGCUGCAAGGGGGAGAUGUCGACUUGUUCUAG